UGAUGGUGGCUCGACUGACUCGAUGCAAAAGUCAUCAACUGUUUCUCAGUGUUACUAAUAUUAAUCCAUUUUCGAAAUCGAAAAUCCAUUGGUGGAACUUAUAGCAGCUGCUGAACCACCAUCCCAUUGCUUCGACUGAGCAAUGGACCUCAGCGAUUAUAAAGUGGAGGGUGGACCUCCUUCAAUAUUUUACGUUCCAAAUUUCAUAUCAGAAGAAGAUGAAACUGUUUUGCUGGCCAAGAUUUACCAGGCUCCGAAACCAAAAUGGACGGUCUUAACGAAUAGACGACUACAAAACUGGGGAGGUCUGCCCCACCCUCGUGGAAUGAUUGCAGAAAAACUUCCGCCGUGGUUGAAGAAGUAUGUGGAUGACAUAGCUGAACUGAAUCUCUUCAAUGGGAAAUUGCCAAAUCACGUAUUGGUCAACGAAUAUCGUCCUGGUCAAGGAAUUAUGCCACACUUAGACGGAUCUCUAUUUCAUCCAACAAUUACUACGAUCAAUCUGGGAUCUCAUAGCAUAAUUAACUUUUAUACUCCAUUGUCAAAUGUGUCAAAAGAAGUUCCGGAUUAUAAGCAACGGUUGAGAUUUUCACUCAUGUUGGAACCAAGAAGUCUCCUGGUUCUUCAGGACGAAUGCUACAACAAUUAUUUACAUGGAAUCGACGAAACUACAAAAGACGUCGUUUCGGAAAGUGUCAUUAAUUCCAAGUCUGCACAUGUCACCGUUGGUCAAGAACUCGAUCGGGGUACGAGAGUCUCUUUGACAAUCAGAUUUGUGCCAAGGACGACUAAAGCCCCCAUUCGCAUUGGAAGAAAUUAAUUUCCCUUUUUAUGGAUGCGUCAUUUUAUUUCGUUUUUUUGUAUAAAUUGCAUUCACAAAUCCUAAAGUACUUAUGAAGUAAUAGCUACUAAUCCAAAUAGAUUUUGGUAAUUUACACCCAGUUUUGAAUCAAUGAACAAAAUUUAUAAAGCUGCUCGCAUAAAUACAUAUGUAGCAAAAAAA